AUGUCGAUGGCCGCCGCGCCGUUCCACCGCUGUCGAGGCCUGCUGGUGGUUGAACACCCCACCAAGGGCAACUUCGUCGUCGAGUUCAACCUCGACCGUCUAUUCUCCGGCGAACCCGACCAGGAGUUCCCACCGAUUCUCAACCUUCCCGACCCCGUCGCCAAGUUCAACAGCGUACAACCUACGGAAAACAUGGCCAUCACCGACUCCGGCAACCUCAUCGUUGCCGCCACCUCCCUGUCCCGGACUCUGCUCUACGACGCCAGCUCGCGCUCCGCCUCCACUGGCCCGGACAUGCUGUCCGGCAAAAUCGAUAUCCUCCUCGUCCCCGUCGCAGACGGUACGUUCUUCGCCAUGUCCUUCUACCCACACCUCGACGACACUCCCCACGCCGAGCUUCUGGCCAGCAACACGGACGACGCCGGCGGUCGCUUGGCCUGGCACCCCAUCCCGGAUCCACCGCUGUCGUCCAUCCCUCGCUUCAAGAGGCAGUGGCACAUCUCGGGCUACUUUGUCGCGGGCACACGCGUCUGGAUCUCCUUCUUGGAUGAAGGCACUUUCUCCUUCGACACGGCGUGCCGCCGGUGGCGCAGGGAAGGCACCUGGAAGCUGCCCGUGACAGGCCGGGCCCUUUUGAUCCCAGACUUCUUGGGCAGCGGCCAACAGUUGCUCUUUGGCUUUUUCUCCAGGGAUCACCACUUUUGCACCUGCGAUAUAGAGGCUAGGCCUCCGGUGAUCAUCAAGUCCUGGCCGGAGGCCAUCCCCUCCCGGCUGGUCUGGUGUGCCAGAUACUUCAUAGAAGCACACACCGCCGCCCUUGCCUACUACGGGGCCGGUAGAUUUUGCAUCUCGACGGUCAUCACCACCGGGUACUCCCCUCAAAAGCCUAUCAACAUGGAUGAAGUGCUCAAUCUACCACGCCGCGCCGUCUCCAUCGUGGCCGUCGAGGUCACCCCGGGAAUGCAGUUGAUUAAGCGCAAACUCGAAUGCUACUCCAUGCCAGCAGAAGCGCAUGUAGGGGAAGUCAUCUAG